GGUGAUAGCAUAAAAGUUACCGAAGAAGUAUUUGUUUAGUUGGAUAAUUGUUCGUUUAAACUGUCAAGAUGUGGAGUUCCUUUAUGACUGGUGGGAUCAUGGACCCCAGCCGGGAGUCUGGCUUGGGAAGCGACUCUGACAACAUGGCAGAGUUGGCAGCACUGCUCACCACAGAGAUACCGGAGGGCCGCAGCAGCCUCGCUGACAGCCACACCAACCUGGAGCGGGUCGCGGAGUACUGCGAGGACAACUACUUUCAGUCGGAGAACAAGCGUGGGGCGCUGGAGGACACCAAGAACUACACGACACAGUCGCUGGCGAGCGUGGCGUACCAGAUCAACACGCUGGCGUACAACUUCCUGCAGCUGCUGGACUUGCAGUCGUCGCAGCUGGCCGACAUGGAGAGCCAGAUGAACCACGUGGCGCAGACUGUGAUGAUCCACAAGGAGAAGGUGGCUCGCAGGGAGAUCGGCGUGCUCACGGCAAACAAAACCACUUCUCGACAGUACAAAAUAAUUGCCCCGGCUAACCCCGAGAAGCCAAUCAAAUACGUACGCAAGCCGAUUGACUUCACUGCCCUGGACGACAUCGGGCACGGCGUGAAGAGCGGCACGGGCGGCACGCCGCGCAUCAAGCAGCGCGGCUCCAGCCAGGGCAGCAUCCAGUCCCUGGGCUCCGUGUCGACCAGUGCUGUGAUGGGCGGCGUGGCGCCCGUGGUGGGCCCCGCCCCCACCACCAAGCCCCCCACGCCCCCGCAGGCCACGCGCACUGGCGGCAGCCUCAGCAAGGGGUCCCGGGAGUACCGCACUCCUCCCGCCAUCGCCCCACCCCAGGUUCCGAGCCACUACGCCCCGAACUACCCGCUGGGACAUCCGCGGCGGGAGAGGGGCCCCGGCUACAGCACGCUGCCCAUGCCGCCCUCCGCUCACCAGCACACCCUGGCCCACCCCUCUCCGCCCAUGUCGCCGCCCCAGGUGGGCAUGGUGCACCCCAUACCGCACCCCCCGCCACCGCCCGCCUCCUACGCCGGCGACCACAGCAGCCUGCCCCCGCCGCCGUCGCCCCUAGCCUCGGCCGGGGAGGUGCUGCACCACGCCCACACGCUGCCGCACCGCGCGGGCCUGCACGGCGCCGGCAACGCCUCGCCGCCCCUCCCCCCGCCCCCCGACGACGAGCACCUGCACUUCGGGCGGCCGCAGCCGGGCCGCAUGCUGCCCAUCGUGCCCGACGACGACCACCUGCCCGGCUGGGUGCCCAAGAACUACAUCGAGAAAGUGGUGGCCAUCUACGACUACUACGCAGACAAGGAGGACGAGCUGAGCUUCCAGGAGAGCUCCGUCAUCUACGUGCUGAAGAAGAACGACGACGGCUGGUGGGAGGGCGUCAUGGACGGCAUCACGGGCCUCUUCCCGGGCAACUACGUCGAGCCCUGCGUCUGAACGUCGAGGCACUCUCACACACAGUUAGGGAUUGUCUUCAGGUUUAUUCUCCGGACUGUUGUCGUGUAUUGCCGGAGGGGCUGCCUCUUGUUUCCAACUGUCAAACAGCGAUGAGUACCAUUCUAAGAAAAUUCAAAUUCUCAUUUAUCUAUUUCAAUUUUAAAACUAUUUCCAUCAAAUGGAAACUCAAAACAUUGUAUUUUGCUUUCGUUACAACAUUUUAUUUUUUUAUAAUUCGUAUCAAUUUUCCGCACAUAUUUGUAAGGUCUGCGAGUGGCCCAUAUUAUGCAGACAUUCAUUAUGCUCUCAUGCAGGUGCUAUAUUGGCGUAUCAGAAUGACAGUACCUUAUUUACCCACGUAUGGGUUGCAUAUUGUAUGCAGAUUUUUAGUUUAAAAAAGGUUAGAGCGAUUCUUACGCAAAUUUAUAACUUUGGGUAAAACAAAAAGGUCUGUGUAAUUGCGGUGUGUUUGGAGUAUGUGUGUAAAAAUAACUCUCCUGUGUUGGUUUUUAAUAAGCAUGUUACGAGUAAGUAUAAAUUGAUUAGUUAAAAUAUCUCAGCAGUGCUUGAAUGGCACCACUGUGGUACGUCUAGAUGGCCGCCGCGUCAAUUGGCCAGCCGGCAUGGUGGCAGCGGGUGACGUAACUUGCUGGGCUGGCGUUUGGCUGAACGAGGGCGAAUGUCAAAAUAAACCCGCCAGUCUGUGUGUGUUCUCUGUGAGUGCACGUGGCCAUGUAGUGGUGGUGACGGUUCUCCCCCCCUCCCAAACAUGCUCCACUCUUGUACAUGUCCGUGAACUGGCACAAUCUUCAUGUAUCUAUUAAGACAGGGGUUUUAAGAUGCAACUGUGACUCAACAAUGUUUUUUUGCAUGUGAUUCCUCAGCUUUCAAAUGUAACAUUCCAUGACAAAACUACAGCCAUCGUUUCUUUGAAAGUCGCACUUUCUUCAGCUCCCUAUGAAUGAAUUUCUCGUUGUUUGUAAUGUGCUGCUAGUUUUUAUAAAAGAAAGAGACAAAAAAGGGUAGCUUGCUGCCUUUUUUUUCUAUUCUGGAAGAGAACUGGUUAAAAAAAAUACAAUAGCAAAUAGCUGGUAAGGGAUACAGGGCUGUCUUUAGUCAUUAGGAAGGGUUGUAAAGCAGUAGGGGAGAGGCGGAGAAAAGUGGGCUGGCCUCGCUCCUUUCUACAUAGUAAUAAAGCAGCACAGGAAUCAGACAAAAAGAGGGCUGAGGGUUAACAGAACACCAGUGCCGUAUUUAUUAUGCAUCAAUAAGCUGAUACGUAAAACAAAGACUUUACUUGUACUUUAUUGCAGACAGAUAUAUGUUGUGACUCUUACUUGAGAGCAACCCUUACGGGGAAAAAAAAGUUGUAUUUUUAUGACCCGAAUUAUAGUUGCGAUCCAUACGCAGGGGCGACUAUUCUGCGGGUAAAUACGAUACGUUCGAGUUGGUGCGUGCGUAGUACAGGGCAGUUACAUGGUAGCUGAGGCCGUGUUGUGCUGGUUGCGGUUCAGUCGUGUGUCUAUGUCUGCUACCAUUUCUUGAUCAGUACUGGAACAAGCACCGUUGUGUAGUGGGGCAAGGCAGCUUCUCAGUGAUGGUUUUGUGACCAUUUCAAAGCAGAACACCUCAUUUAUAACCAACAAAUAAGAAGUACGUAUAAGAACAGAAUGCAGGCAGUAGAAAUGGGGUUUUUAAGGAGUGUUGAAGGGAAAAAACAACCUGGUGACUAAGGUAAUGGAACCGUUGGUAAUGAUUGAAGGAACAGUUGGCAGUGGAGUAAAGCUAGAAGCAAGGGGUGUAUAUUGUCCAAGUAGGAAUGUGUCGAGUAACAUGAGGGAUAAAGGAUAAUACGGAGACAGCAAUGGCUGAAGAUGUGCAUCAACGAAUGCACAAUGUGUCACAAUGAGCAAUUCGCUCAGCUUAGGAGUGCAAGCUCUUACCGGGUAACGUAACUCUGAAGGCGCUAAGCAUGUGGCUCAUGCGGCAGACACAGCAGUCUGAGGUGUCUUGCCUUACAGUAAGGCAUGUCUGGAGCGCUGGAAGAAGUACCUUCUAGUUCCGUCCCACUCUCUUAAUUAUCCAGCUUGGCUGAUGUAGGGUGUGCUCUUGUAUGGUUCCACCUGGCUUAAUACCCAAUGUUAAAUGAGCAAAUUUACUAUGGUAAUUUUUUGCUUAUCAUUUUUGGUGUAUUAGGGCAAAUAAGAAAAACAUUUCAUUUUAAACUACAACUUUUAUGCAUAUUUUCGAGUCCUUUCUUUGCAAAAAGGUUAAUUUACACUUUAUGUUAACAAUCUUAUUUAUAAAAAAUAACUGGUUGAAGCAAUUGACAGACCAUUGUGACUAACUGAUUACAAAAGAUAAUAGUCUCUCUACUGCAUAUUUAACUGACACACUGUUAAUAUCAUAUAUUGUAUGGACAAAUAUUGUAUUUAGCUUGUUCUGAAUUAAUUGUUUGAAACCAAGUUUUAACAUGUUAUAUUGAAUGUCUGGAAAUUAAAUGUUAAUGAUUUUCACUUGCUUGUGCAACUUAAUAUUUGGUCUGUGUGGAGAUGUACACAAACAUGGUGCUACCUAACUUUUUAUUUAAAAAUAUUUUAAAAAAAAUAGAAAACAGUAUAAUAAUUGCUGAUAAAAGACUGUGUGUGGGUGUGUGUUUAACUUUAUUUUAAUGUGUAAAUUUGUUUCUUCUCUCAAAGAAACUUUUUUUUUCACACUAAUGGAGCAUCAUUUGUACUGGUACUGGUACUGGUAACUAUCAAACCAGUUGAAUGCUGUAUAAUUAAUUUUAAAGUUUAAAGUUAUUGGUGUAUUUUCUCGAGAAGCUUUGACAGCAGGUACCUACUUGUAAGGAGGGAAAAAUGUUUAAUGAAUAAUGACUUGUAAUAUUUAUACGUGUCUCGACAUAUCACGUGAAGUACGAAACAAAGUAGGGCCGGCCUGAUGCUACAGUACUGAAGCAUUGACGUUGGCUGUCUCGGACAACCGUGGGUAUCACAGGGCAGGGGACCAGUGGGGGUUCUUGUUGGACAAGCGACUGAGCCCAGAAGGAUGAUGGUUCCAGUAUGGCAGCAGUGACGGGAAGUAUGGCACGGAUGAUGUUACAGUUGCUGAUGAUUGUGUAGCCAACUAGCCUUUAGCUACGUACUCAUUGUUAUCCUGUCUGAAGUCAGGCAAGCAUGUGGUAUAUUGCAUUUUAUCUCCUGUUCAGUAAUUUUAUAAACUACCUAAGAAACUUUGAUACAAAGAAAUAAUAUGGUACCUUAACAUAAUUUUGACUUAUUUUGCAGGUAUGAAUGCUGUGUAGAAUGUCGAACUGAUUUAUCUGUUAGUGCCUGGCUCAGCUGUCCAGCUAGAUUCUUAACUGAAAGUAGCGGCAGCAGGAAUAGAUUGCAGUGUGUAUCUAGUGUUGCAGCUCAUUCUAGGUACCAGGGGAUCUGGAAAACCAAGUGUUAACUCGGUCCGUACAAUGGUAUAUUGUUGUACGUGUAUCUGUUUGUGCUGGUUUUGCAGCUAUAUUACUCGAUUCGUAAAGUGUGCCGUUUUCAUACUUGCCAUGUAUAAUUCUGUAUGAUCAGCUUUAUAAAAAAAGUUUUUUGGCAUUGUAAUAAUGUAAAUACUUCUUUAAACUAUCAUAAUCAGUGUAAUGUAAUCUAGGAACUGCACUGUUUACAUGUUGAUCCAUUUAUCAGUUAUGAAUUGUGAGCAUAUAAUAUUUAAUUGUGGAUUUCUUAUGAUUAUAAUAAAAUAUAAAAUGAUUUGAUUA